UUUUUAAUUUCAAAAGUUUAUUUUAUUGGCUGAAUAUUCUACAUAAACAUGUGUGUGUAUACAUUUUUUUUUUAUAUUUUUAUAUAUUUAUAUACAUAUCUGCAUUUAUAGACUCCAGUUUGUUUGUCAAUAUUUUAAGAUAAAGAGAUUAACAUAACACUAGAAAUGAGCAAAAACAUGCAAUCUCGAGAUGAAUCAUCUUUACAGUCUACUCAUUUAGUCUGUAUAAAUUCAGAUUAUAUAAAUACAGAAAAUAAUAAUGUGAAUUUACCCCAAGGGGAAAAGAACACCUCUUUUCAUCAACAUAAUCAACAACAAAUAACUAAUACUAGGUCCAAAACAGUCGAACAUAUAAUAGAAGCCUCUCAAACACUAUUAUUCACUGCUUCAACACUACAACGUACUGUAGGAAAAUGUCUUGGAUUUAUAGGCAAUGAGAAUCUUAAUACAGCAUUUCUACCUAUUACAUACAAGUUAAAGUCAAACAAUGAAAAGUUGACAGCGAUUUUAGAUGUGAUUGAAAAAAGAUAUACUCCAGAAUUAAACAAUGAACUUGUACAUGUUACAUUAAAAUGCAUCAUGAUGCUGAAGGAACUGUGUGGAGCAUUAAGGACACGAUUGUCUAUAUUAAUUCAAGGUUUAGAUUCGAAAUAUUCCCGAAAUCUGUUAGUGAUUCUUUAUAGUGCAACAGUAGAUAUUAAAGAAUCUUGGGAAAUAAUAAGCCCUCAUUUAACUGUUGAUCCCAUGACUACCUUAACAUCAUUUGCCCAAAACAAACCAGCCACGACCAUUAAUGUUAAAACCCAUAAUGAGUUGGUUGGGUCUAAUAAUUCACCUCUUAGUCCACCCUUAUUUUCUCCAAAUACAAAUGGUGACAAUAGUCAAUUAUAUACACACUUGAGACAUGCUGUUACAAGCUCAUUACACGUAUUGAAUAUGCUUAAGCAGUCUAUAGAAAAAACGCUACAAGCAAAUGAUAAUAAUAUUUCGUCAAAUUUAGAAAAGAAAUUAAAUGAACUGUUACGACAAACACAGUAUGCUACUGAAUUAUCACAUCGAUUAGAUAAAGAUGUUGAAGCAAAUAUGGAAAAUAAUAAGGAUAAUAUAUUAUUUAUUUCGACCAGAAAAGAGUUUAGUAGACGUAUUUGGGAAGAUACGAGUAUUUAUUUGAAGGUUAUUGUAAGCGUCAUGACCUUUAUUAGAUCUAUUUCAACUGAGGAAGAAUUUACUUGGCCAAAGCCUAUUAAGCAGGGAUGUCUUUAUGUCACUCGAAUGACAGCUGAAGUAGCAAAACUAUGGAAUAAUGUCAGUACUUUUGCAAAAGAUGGCUUCAUAUUAGAGAAGCAAGAAAGAAGUUCAAGUAUUUCCGAGCAAUCACCCAACUAAUGAUAACUUAUAUACCCAUCAUAGAUGCAUAUUUAUCAUCAUUUUUCUUUAAUUGAAAAAAAGAAAAAAAAAAAUAGCGAUAAUUAAAAGUCUAUUUUUUUUUU